AUAUUUCCGCUAUGGCCUUUUAUAUACUCGCAUUCCCUUGUUUGUAUGAGUAAUUACCAUGUUACGGUGCAUAACAAGUUUCACUUACAACGUCGCGCGUUAUUAUUAGCUGGUGGGGUUUGGCUUGCUAAUCGUGUUGGCUACAUUCAUUUUUUUGUUUCGGAAGUUAAGGGGCUGCGUCUUCUGCAUUGAGCGCCAUCAUAGAGGGUUGGAAGAGGAAAAAAAAAGUUGAAACGUAACUAAAGUGUCAGACAGCAUCCUGCUGGUAGCAGAGUAACUUGUGCGAGCACGGCGGUCACGUUUUAGUUUUUGAGAACUUUUCGUCACUGGAAUAUACAAAUCAACAGGGAUUACAAAAAAACAACACUCUUCACACGCAACACGAUACAGAAUUUAUUUUCUGUACUUCAGUGUUACUGUUUGUUUGGAUAACUUCGGCUGUAAAGUUUAUGGAAGUGCAGAAACAUGAGGGAACUAAUGUUGGUAUUUGCUACUCCUGUUGUGUUUUUCAAUUAGGAAAAAAUGUACGGUAAGCCACAAUUAAUAAAUAAACAAUUAUCUGCGUAUUUUUAAUUUAAGUUUUUUUUUCUAGUUUAUUAUGAGCUAUUUUUAAACAUCAAUGAGAAAGUUGACGUGAUUUAAUUAGCCAGGCUGUAUCUCCGAGUUCUCGUGGCAUUUCACCAGAGGCUACUGUGAAAGUUGCCUACAUUAAAAACUUAGGCGGAAAAAUAUUAAUACAUUUUUUUUGGAACUCGCAUAUAACUUGUUCUACACGACCUAAAAGAAAAAGUCAAGAUGGAUAAAUACGACGAUCUAGGGCUGGAGGCUAGCAAAUUUAUUGAGGAUCUCAAUAUGUAUGAAGCAUCCAGAGAUGGACUGUUCAGAACAAGGAGAGACGCGGGCAACAAUGCGGACUUUGAAGAAACCAGAAAAGUUUUUGCCUCCAAAAUGACCAAAAUCCAUUUGCAAAAACAGCAAGAGGAAAUUGCAAACAAUAAUCUAGCCGCAGCGGCAUCUGGAAGGGUUAACAGAGGAGUUGUCGGUGGUCACAACACGAACCCUCUGCUGAGCAGAGCUUCGGACAACGCGGUGUUAUACACCAACAGACCACCUAUCAACACUAACCUCAGACUGGCUGGUGAAGCCGCUGCCAAACCGCCAAUGUUGUCGGGACCCAUGUCUGGUAAUGUCAACGCAAACCACCACCUUUAUGAUCUGCAGAAAGUGAACAGAUACCCACAACAAGAGGUCUCCGUCAGCAGGGUUCCAAUCAAUGGAAACAAUUAUGAGAUCAAGAAAGUGGGGGAACAUCCUUUGAAGCUACAAACAGGCCCAGGGUCCAGCUGGGGUGGGGAACACAAUCGGUUUCCAAGCCAGGAUGACCAGGAAGCUGCAAGCCCUGUCUUUACUGACCCGAACCCACAAUACCAACAGCAGCAACACAAACCCACUGCAUCCUUUGAGCAGAAGCCACUUGGUCAGAGGUCUGCCUCAUUUUCCAAUACUCUAUCCCCAUUGCUGCCUUCAUCCACUGCUCCAUCUUUUAACCAAACACAGAUGGGGCUGCCUCACCAGAGAUCUUCUUCUUUCUCUAUCCCCUCCACUGCAUCUUGCCAGAGUUAUCCUAGCCAAACAGAUGGACCUGCCCAACCAAGCUGGGACACGAGAAAUGUAAGCAGCCCAGAAACUGUGCCUCCAGCCCCAGACAGUCCUGUUAAACCCAGCACUGACUACAACUACCACUAUUGUCAGCAGCAGAAACCACACCAACCCAGCCAGCAACCUUCCAAUACAAGGUCCAGUCCUGGAGUAGCUUAUUCUGCUCCAGGUGACACCAGAAGACCUGGAGGUGAGCUUUAUGACUUAAAACAAAAUGGGCAGCAGCCCCAGAGUCCAAGAUCCCCCUCUUUCCCAUAUCCAGUGAUCCCUACCAGCCCAAACUGCCAGGUUUCCUCCAGCAACCCCUCAGUUCGCUCCGAACAAGUUCCACCUGCCACCACCGGCAAUGAAGGUGGCUUUGGCGAUGCAAGCAGCCUGCCACUUUUCCCACAAUCCAGCUCCAGAAACUAUACCCAGGGUCAGGCUGUGAGCAGCCAGCUGGCCACUGCUGUCGCGGUCAGCUCAGCUUUUGACAAUCCUCCUCCGCUGCCACCAAGCCUUUUCCAGCAGGGAUCUUCCUGUGACAUCUCCACUCAGGAAACCUCCAGCCCCCCCAGGGUGGUCAAACUGCCCUGUCCGACUCUCCUUAUACAGCCGGAGCAGGGGCCGUCUGCUGCCGAAAUAAAAUUAGAAGCCAUUACGAAGCGCUUGGAACAAGAGAUGGAUGCCCAGUCGAAGGCGGAUUACUUUGGGACCUGUGUGAAGUGUAACAAAGGAGUCUAUGGAGCGAAGCAGGCGUGCCAGGCCAUGGGGAACCUGUACCAUGACGUUUGCUUCACCUGCAGUGCCUGCAACAGGCGACUCCGGGGCAAAGCGUUCUAUUACGUGUGCGGGAAGGUGUUCUGUGAGGAGGACUUCCUUUACUCUGGUUUCCAGCAGUCAGCAGACAAAUGUAAUGUUUGUGGGCACUUGAUAAUGGACAUGAUCCUUCAGGCCCUGGGGAAAUCCUAUCACCCGGGCUGUUUCCGCUGUGUGAUCUGUAACGAGGGUCUGGAUGGUGUGCCUUUCACUGUGGACACCGAGAACAAGAUAUACUGUGUCCGGGAUUACCACAAAGUCCUUGCACCAAAAUGUGCAGCCUGUGGCCAGCCAAUCCUGCCCUCUGAGGGCUCUGACGAAACCAUCCGUGUUGUAUCCAUGGAUAGGAAUUAUCACGUGGAGUGUUACCACUGUGAGGACUGUAAGAUGGAACUGAACGACGAGGAAGGACACCGCUGCUUCCCUCUGGAUGGGCACCUGCUUUGCCACUCCUGUCACCUCAAGCAUAUCGACAGCGGGACACCGCCUUCCUCAGUGUACCAGCAUCAGUUCUAGAUGUCAGAUCUCCAGCCAUUGGAUUCAGGCCACAUAAACCAGGAUGUUUUCCUACAUACCUCAAGAUUGCACCCCUUUUUCCUGAGCUCAGACUGUCUAAUCUGCCUUGACUGUAGAGUGGGGCUGGAGAGAGGGGUGCGCUUGCUAAGAUAGUUAACCCUUUACCGUAUAUUGAAUGGUUUAAACAUCAGAUUAUUGCUAAAGGUUAGAUAUCAAGUAAGAUGCAAAUUAAUUUGUUGGAAUGAACACAUCGCUCUCAGCAAUAAAUUAUCAAACGGUUUAUGGACGCAUUUUAAAUAAGUUUUCCGUACCGUUUAAAACUUACAGUAUACCAUAGAGGUUUAAGAAACAGUAGUAAACUUGGUGCUUUGAAUUAUAUGAAAUGAGAAGAUUACCUUGAUUAAGGUCAGUUGUGUUGCAGUGGUUUAUAAUAAUAAUUAUCAAUGUUUUUUCUGUUGUUUUUGUUUUGCUACUCCUCAUAAAGGAACCAACUUGGUUUAAGUGUUCCUCAUUCUAGACCUAUAAAGGCAUUGUUCUGGAUUCCAACCAUGCACAAGGCCCUUCAUCACUGUGGUCUUGCACGACUGGCUGCACCCAUCUCCAGCAGCAGCACUGUGGAAGCAAGUGGCUGUCUCUGGUCCCCAUGGUGAUUUUCCCCAACCAAGAUAGACAGCUGCCUUUUAGGAUAUACAGCAAUUAGUAUUUGCCUCUUGAGUUUUUUUUACACAAGUUCAGUUUGAAACCCAAAUGUAAGAAUGAAUGUGACCAUGAACUGAAGGAGUAUGGGAGAGGUCUCCUCGGGUGCUAUAGUUUAGCUCCUCCCAAGGGAUACCCUGUUGGUUUUGGAAAUGUUCCUAGACCAACUGUUGACUUUCACUUUUUCUAGUAAAUGUAUUUUAUGUUUUCCUUGUUUUUUUUGGAAAGAAACUAACAAAUAUAUUAUUCUUCAAACUUGGCGCAUAUUUUUACAUAAAACUUUAAAACAGUGUAUUAGUUAGUCUCUCUGAGUGGUGAGUAAUUCGUUGGUUUAAGUAGGUAAGAAAAGAAACAUACAGUAAGCUUGGUCUUGGUCAACCAUCAUUUAUGGGUUUGGUCUGUAGGUAGAUCUCAUUCAUUUAUUAUUCCUAGUUGUCAUUACAAAGAUAAUAAAUGAAAAAAGGCUUAUGUGUUUAUUUUUCCCACAGUGUGUUUAAUUUUUUUUUUUUCCCAUAUCAUUAUUUAUUUAUUACAAUUUAAGAAAAAUAGUAGGCUAUUGUAAAAACUGACAUCUGCUCUCAGUUGUAUGAAUGAGAAAGAAUAGUACUAAAAUAAAUAAAUAAAUGUUGUUUUAUUCCAUA